UAUACACAAACAUUUGCAGUAAAGUUUGCUGGCUGGGUUAUUUCUAGGAUGGAAGCAAGAGAGUUUUAUUUCCUUCUGCACAGAACAGAUGGCUUUUUCUUUUUGUGUGAGUACAAUGAAUUGUAUAGAUGCUAAAUUAAUAUAGUGGUAUUGGCUGUAUUUUUAAAUUAUUUUAAGCCAAAUAUACCUUAGGGUAUGCUGUUUGUAGUGGCAGUGAUAAUAGUAGACCAUUCAUACAUAAAUCAUUUCUUCUUCCUAGAGUGUUUUCAUAAUGGGUGGUUGAACAACCUUGGAAAUGAACCAUAUAUACAUAUUAUAAAAAUAGUGAACAUUGCUAUUGUUAAUAAUACAAGUCACUUUGCCUUUCAGUAUCUAUAAAGUUCUCUCCAUGUUUGGAACAAAGAUUGGACAUGAGGGGUUUUUUUUACAUCAGUUAUGUGCCAGUUGCUCUCCUCUUGAGAACCAGCCAGAAACUGGACAAGUCUAAGUCUGCUAAAUGCAAUUACAGUUAGUAUAUAGUCAGUAAGAACUACAUGUGUUACCAUGGAUGUCUUGGCAGGUUCUUUGUUGUACCUGCUGGUCUAGGUGUAUAGGUCGUGCCUGGACUGGGCUCUGAACUGUCUCUGUCCAGUGACCAUCCUCCACCCCUUUGCUAGUACCAAGGAACUGAAAGAACUUGCCUGAUUUGAAAGCAAGAGCCAUACGGGCAGGAGGGAAGAAAGACGAAGAUGCAGCCCAAAGGCAGACAAGAGGAGGAGUGAGUGUUUCCUCUGGGAACUGGAGUAAGAAGGUUGCUUGGAUGGAAUGACAAAGCAAGGAUGAGAUGCAGAACUAAAUAGGGAACUGAGGAACAGAACACCAUGGGCACUGUACAGGGAGAAGAUGUGUAACAGGAGACAAUGUGGCAGGGUGAGGACAUUGGGCCUAGAAAUAAAAUGGAGAAGGCAAGAGGGAAAAAAGGGACUAAUCAGUUACAGAAAUAGGGUUGAAAUCUGUGUAAACAAAGAGAUUAGGGUAAGGUUUGGAGGUAGAAAGACCUAUUUUCAAAGUCCUUUUCUCCCAAGUAGUACUGUAUUUUCACAUCUUAGUGUAAUAUUAUAGGCUUUGUCUUUCAUCCGUAUGUGCACAAUGUAUUUCAAUUUAUUAUAAAGAUGGAAUGUUUCGUUUGUUGUAGUUUAUAUGUGCUGUGCAUAUGUUUGUAACAGCGCAGGUAGGUUUAUGAUACACCUGCUUUUGCUUUUUCCUUACGGAACAGUGUUUUUACCUUCUUUCAAGUAGAACUCUGUAGUGACAGAAGCUAUACUCCUAACCUCCUGGGGAGCAAAUACAAAAGAAUAACAGAAGUGGCUGCAUCCUGAUCCUGUUCAAUCAAGCUACCCUACUUUCUGAUUUACAUUACUAAAGCUUUUGGAGAUUCCCAAGUGGAACGUAAGGAAGCUGUUUGCAGGCUUCUUAGAGAUUUGGAAUACAAAUAAUCAUAGCAGAGGUGGAUCGCUGGAUCUGACGGAUGGUGAUGAUAUCAAAGGUGUCCUUGAUUUGAGGGUUACUACUGUGAUAAACCUUGCUAACUUCCAUUUGACGCAUUCUUAUGAGAAAAAUAGCACAGAGGCAUUUCACUCCUCUCCGUUCUGAUCUGAAUUUUGAGGUCCUCUUCCUUAGCAGUUAGCAAAACUAAAUGAACUUGCUUGGGCUUCGCCUGGAGUGAAGCUUUCCCUUGCAGGUUGUAAAACCGGCAUGCCACAGCAGGAUAUACACAUCAGGAAAUGAGGUGCACGGUCACUUACGCUAUCACAUGGAUUGUGGGAUUAUGAGUAUGUUUUAAAAUUGCAAGAAGUUUCUAUGCCAGCUGCUAAAUAUUAAUAUUGCAGUCAGAGUGAACUAGCACCAUUUUACUUCAUGCCAAAGUACUAGCAAUUUCCUGGUGUAAUUUGCUUACAUAAAGCCUGAGAAGUCUUCGCUAGGAUCAAGUCCUUAAAAACAAGAGCAAUGGAUGAGCUUCAUAGCCUGGACCCAAGAAGACAAGAAUUGUUAGAGGCAAGAUUUACAGGAGUAGUAAGUGGCAGCACUGGGAGUACUGGAAGUUGCAGUGUUGGAGCUAAAGCCUCAACAAAUAACGAAAGUUCAAAUCACAGUUUCGGAAGCUUGGGAUCUUUAAGUGAUAAAGAAUCAGAGACUCCAGAGAAGAAACAGUCAGAACCUUCCAGAGGAAGAAAAAGAAAAGCAGACACUCAGAGUGAAAGCAGCCAAGGAAAGAAUAUUGGGGGACGCGGUCACAAGAUUAGUGACUAUUUUGAGUACCAAGGUGGAAACGGCUCUAGUCCAGUGCGAGGUGUACCUCCUGCAAUCCGAUCUCCUCAGAACUCACAUUCCGCUCCUUCUUCUGUUCGACAGAAUAGUCCUUCUCCUACUUCAUUAGCUUUCGGGGACCACCCUAUUACGCAACCAAAGCAGUUAUCUUUUAAAAUUACUCAGACUGAUCUCACAAUGCUGAAAUUAGCUGCACUAGAAAGUAAUAAAAAUCAAGACUUGGAAAAGAAAGAAGGUCGUAUAGAUGACUUACUCAGGGCUAACUGUGAUCUUAGAAGACAAAUAGAUGAACAACAAAAGCUACUUGAAAAAUAUAAAGAAAGAUUAAACAAAUGUAUUUCCAUGAGCAAGAAGCUUCUAAUUGAAAAGAGCACACAGGAAAAGCUGGCAAGCAGAGAGAAGAGCAUGCAAGACAGAUUACGCCUGGGGCAUUUUACAACAGUUCGUCACGGUGCUUCAUUUACUGAACAGUGGACAGAUGGCUUUGCAUUUCAAAAUCUUGUGAAGCAGCAAGAAUGGGUGAAUCAACAAAGGGAAGACAUUGAAAGGCAAAGAAAGCUCCUGGCCAAGCGAAAGCCUCCAACUACAAAUAAUUCUCAGGCACCAUCUGCCAAUUCUGAACCCAAGCAGAGGAAAAAUAAAGCUGUGAAUGGGGCAGAAAACGAUCCCUUUGUUAGACCCAAUUUACCACAGCUUUUGACUCUAGCAGAGUAUCACGAACAGGAAGAAAUUUUCAAACUUCGAUUAGGACAUCUCAAAAAGGAGGAAGCUGAAAUACAAGCAGAACUUGAACGUUUGGAAAGAGUUAGGAAUCUUCACAUAAGAGAGCUGAAAAGAAUAAAUAAUGAAGAUAAUUCACAAUUUAAAGAUCACCCCACGUUGAAUGAACGGUAUUUGUUACUCCAUUUACUUGGCCGAGGUGGCUUCAGUGAAGUAUACAAGGCUUUUGAUCUUUAUGAACAAAGAUAUGCUGCUGUGAAGAUUCACCAGCUUAACAAAAGCUGGAGGGAUGAAAAGAAAGAAAACUACCACAAACAUGCCUGCAGAGAGUAUAGAAUACACAAAGAACUGGAUCACCCCCGGAUAGUUAAACUAUAUGACUACUUUUCCCUGGAUACAGAUACGUUUUGCACGGUGUUAGAAUACUGUGAAGGCAAUGACUUGGAUUUCUAUCUCAAGCAACAUAAAUUGAUGUCAGAGAAGGAAGCUAGGUCCAUUGUAAUGCAAAUAGUAAAUGCACUACGGUAUCUCAAUGAGAUCAAGCCCCCUAUUAUACACUAUGAUCUUAAGCCAGGUAAUAUCCUUCUUGUAGAUGGAACAGCAUGUGGAGAAAUAAAGAUUACUGAUUUUGGCCUGUCCAAAAUAAUGGAUGAUGAUAGCUACGGUGUGGAUGGAAUGGAUUUAACUUCACAGGGAGCAGGAACUUACUGGUACUUGCCUCCAGAGUGUUUUGUAGUUGGCAAAGAGCCACCAAAGAUUUCUAAUAAGGUUGACGUGUGGUCGGUUGGAGUAAUCUUUUUCCAAUGCCUUUAUGGUAGAAAGCCAUUUGGCCACAAUCAAUCACAGCAAGAUAUCUUACAAGAAAAUACAAUAUUAAAAGCCACAGAAGUUCAGUUCCCUGUCAAACCUGUUGUAAGCAAUGAAGCCAAGGCCUUUAUCAGACGCUGUUUAGCAUACCGAAAAGAGGAUAGAUUUGAUGUCCACCAGCUGGCUAACGACCCUUAUCUUCUCCCUCAUAUGAGGAGAUCAAAUUCUUCAGGAAACUUGCAUAUGACUGGGUUAGCGGCAUCCCCUACACCGCCUACUUCAAGCAUUAUUUCAUACUGAAAUUUCGGCACCCGAGGAAUGGCAUGAUACCUUUGUGUAGUUUCCAGAUGCAGAAGUUGAGCUUGAAAGCAUUUGAGUGUUUUUACACAGGACAAGUUUGAUAACCGUGUUUUCAGACUGAAGUCCUCCUACGUAGUGUCAUUUGUAUGAUUGGGAUGGAUCAUGGACUGUGAAUAAAUGUACCCUUCUGAGAAAUACCUUUAAACGUUGAAGGAUGACACUGCCUGUUACACACUAACAGGUAUACUGUGUUUAAGACUGAAGAUAAGGUUUUUAGUUUUUUUCUGGGGAACAUUGUAAAUAAUCUUUUUAAUACUUAAAAUACAUUUGGUCGAUACUGGAAAGUUCUAACAUGAAGGGUAGUUUUUCAUUAUUUAAAUAAAAAAAAGGGUAGUGAGCAAAUUUGAAAACACAGGAAAAAUUCCGUGCCUGGUUAUAAACUAAAUAAACUGCCAUCUUUCCAAGACAUUGAUCUUUUGAAACCAAAGUAAGGAGUGUGAGACGGUCAAAGAUAUGUUCUGUGUCAGAUUCCUCAGAUAAAAUUGUAGUAUUUUAUUUGGCAACUCAGGCUUGUACCUCCAAAAAUGUGGUGGUGUUUCACUGAAUUUAGAUUGGAAGGGUGAUAUGGAAUUCCUGGUACUUAUUUCUCAAACAGAUUGCUAAUUUUUUUAAAUCCGCUCAAUUUUCUAAAAAUACUGUACUUGCUGUGGUAUUGAAACUUGUGAAACUUUCCAGGCUUCUCAUAAAAGCAAGCAACAGUAUGAAACCAAAUGCAGACAGGUCAUGUAUAAUGUUCUAUGCAGGAAUAAUGAUAAAUUCCCUUCUAGCUCUAUUGUAAAUUGUUGUACAGAUGUCACAUUUUCAGUUAAAUUUCAGCGACUUAUUCCUGUACAAAUGUUUAAAGUAUGGCUUUUUCUAAUUGGAUAUUGUAUUUUUUUUAAGUCUCCCUCAAGGCGCUUUUAAUUGCUGCUAAAUGACGUUGCUUUUCCUUUUUGCAAAAGACUCAAAUGACCUCCUUAAGGUGCAAGUCAACUGUACGUUAUAGAGAGAUUAAGAGUAGGUAAUUCAUUAACAAUCAAGGCAUGUAAAACAGGUCUGUGUUGGCAAUAUACAGUACAGUUCUUUCAGUCAGCUUAUUGCGUUCUCAACCCCGCAGAGCGCAUUGAUACUGGAUGUAGAAGUUGCUCACGGUUAUUCUCUAUUCCGGGAAGUUCCUAUCAACAAGGAAAUGUUUCUUGUGGCUUGUACAGAUAUUUUGAAAUGUGAAACAUUUUCUAACGGCCUUGUAUGGUAGAAACUUAUUUUUCAGAACAGUGUAUCUCUCUCCCAUUGACUAUUCUUUUUACUAUCCCAUUCUUGAUGCUGAAUACCUAUAUGUAAUUUUGUCCACGUUGCAGAAGGAGGCUGUAUUACCACAGGUUUUCAUUUAGUAUUGUACAGUUAAACUGUUGCUCUCGUUUCCGAUGUUGCAAGCCAUUUUGUUUUCAUUGUAUAUAAAGAAACAUUAACUGUCUCUUUAAGAUGCUGCUGAAAUUGUAGAGAAUGUAGCCAAAACAGUAAUAAACAAUGAC